GUGUUACGUGAGUACGACUGUACUACGAGGUUGUAUCUAUGCCAUUGGUGGAUUCGAUGGUCACGUGAGGCUGAACACGGCGGAGCGAUACUUCCCCGGUCGUAAUCAGUGGAUGAACAUCGCGCCUAUGAACCACCAGCGCAGUGACGCUAGCGCCACAACACUACACGAAAAGAUUUACAUUUGUGGCGGAUUCAAUGGAGAGGAAUGUUUGAAUUCGACUGAAUAUUACGACCCUUACGCAAACCAGUGGACAUGUUUUGCGCCCAUGCGCAGCAGACGUAGUGGUUUAGGUGUCAAGGCCUACGGGGACCAGAUAUAUGCUGUAGGGGGGUUCAAUGGUAUCUCUCGGAUGAGCACUGCGGAGCGGUACAACCCAUUCACAGAUCGCUGGGAAUCUAUUCUUGCUAUGUACAGUCCCAGGAGCAACUUUGGUGUAGAA